UGAGUAUUUAAGUGUAUUAGCUAGUUUUAAACACUUCUCUUGUUCGUUUCCUCUUCUAUUUAAUAAGCAAUGAAUUGGAUUCCUGCAAAUAUCUACAUAUUUUCUUGUACCUAAGCUGAAGCAACCCAACCACCAGUUGGAAGAGAGACUCUUUGUGAUCAGAGUACGAAAAGCCUUUGACAUCACAUAAAAUUCUCCUUCUCAGUCCGCAGGUUUUAAGGUAUUUUUUUUUCUCGGACCAAACUCAACUUACUAUAUAUCCUGCCAAAUUUUAUCCAACAGAAGAUGAGUCGAAGAAGUCCAAAACUUGAGUUGAAACUGAAUCUCUCGCCGUCUACGUCUAGCCGGAGGAGGAUGGUUCGUUCACCAAGCCGCUCUGCGACCACUUCACCAAUCUCACCCCAAAGCUCGUGCGUCUCUUCGGAGAUGAACCAGGACGAGUCGUCUGUGAGAUACUCGACAAGUCCAGAGACAACCUCGAUGGUUCUUGUCGGCUGUCCUCGUUGUCUCAUGUACGUUAUGCUCUCACAAGACGACCCUAAAUGCCCUAAAUGCAAAAGCACCGUUCUUCUUGAUUUCAACCAUGAAAACUCCUCAAACGUCAACGCAAACGCUCCAGCCGCUCCUUCCUCUGGUCGCAAGACUCGGAGAAACUGAAAAGACAAGUAAUACCCAACCAAAAGAAACCCUGUUUUUUUUUUCCUUUUUGUUUUCUUGCCAAUGUAGCUGUUGCUUAUGAGAGUAGUGCUAAUCAUGCUCCACUUUUAAAACCCUAAGAAGAAGGUAGAAGAUGAAACUAGGGUUUUUCAACUCACAAAAAAUUCAAAUUGAAAGGUGGAGCGCGAAUAGCACUAACGUUUCUUGUUUCUUGUUUCUUAUAUUUAUAUGUAUGUGAAAACAUGUCUCCCUAUUCUACUCCUAAGUUGUUAUAAAUCAUCCUAUCCAUCAAAUU